AUGCCGCGUGUCAAACCGGGUGAGCGCCAACGAGCGUACAGACCAAAGACCCUCCGCCGCAUAAAAUGUGACGAGGGGAAACCAUUCUGCAAUAACUGCACUUCGGUCAACCGACAGUGUCUGGGAUACAGUCAUAGCGAUUCACUAUCUGGAUCAUCUCGUAAGAAUCAAGUCCACAGCACUACUAGUGUCGCUCGCCUUGAUAGAGAUAUCUCGCCAGCUCUGAACAGCACAGAUGCCGAGCAGCGGGCUUUUGAGUAUUAUCGUUCUCGAACGAGUUCGCAUCUCGCCGGCAUUCAAGAUCAGGAGAUUUGGGAAAGACUGAUUCUGCAACGUGCCCGUGUUGAUCCCGGUGUCCGUCAUGCCAUUAUUGCGCUUGCAUCUUUCCACGAGGAUUUUGAGCGUGGUGGGUUCGAAAGGGUCAAAUCCAACGAGGUCUUCGGUCUGAAACAAUAUAAUCUAGCUAUAAAAGAGCAGAUAAAUCUCGUUACAAAUAGGAACGGCCGUGCUGAACCAGAAGCUUAUUUACCUUGCAUUGUCUUUAUGUUGCGCUCCAACUUCACCUCGGCUGCAUUAUUGACAAAGAAAGUAAUAGGUCUUCUACAUUCUUUACGGGAGAGCAAUCAAACUUCGAAGAUGCUUUUGGAAUUCUUAGAACGUCGAUUUCGCCAGAUUGAACUCCAAUCGAGAGAGAUGUUCGGCUAUAAGGAUUACAGUCCUGCAUCUCCAGUACCACAUACAGAAACUCCUGCUUCAAUUCCCGAGGUUUUCUCCUCAGUGGCCGAAGCACAGGCUUUCAUGGAUUACUACGGGCAACUCUAUCGCAUGGCUUUGCACGCCUACGAAGCCGCAACUGGGGUUACUCAGUCGAAGAAUACUACAGUAGAUGAAGGCCUCUCAGAACACGAUCCUCGACGCGGCUUUGCUCAGACAUAUAUCAGCGUACUAAACCGAUGGACCAAAGCUUUCGAUGCAUUAGUUGACAGUCGAGCCGGUUCAUUUACCGAAGCGGAAAUGCGUACGAUAAGUAUUCUGCGCAUGCAUCAACGUCACAAUCAAAUCUCACUAGAAGUGAGUACUCGCCAUACGUCCCCCGACGACCAGAUGUUCUGGGAUGAUUAUUGCCCUGUAUACGACCAGAUCAUCAAUCUCACAGAGGAAUUCAUGGCGUCGCAGAGCCGCGAGAAUAAUACUUCAUUCUCUCUGGAUCAAUUCACUAUAGGACCUAUUUUUGAACUUGCGCGGCGCUGUCGUGAUCCUCGAAUUCGUCGAAAGGCACUCAAGAUCUUGCGUGCUUGUCAUAUAAGAGAAGGGAUGUGGGAUAGUGAGCUUGCUGUGUUGGUAAUAGAGCGAAUAAUUGCCAUUGAGGAAGAUGGUGCCAUUGUACAGUCGUGUCAAGAUGUCCCCAGUUGGCGACGCAUCUUUAACAUUCAGCAUGUUCUGGAUAUGGAGGCGCGGACGAUUGUGUUGAAAUAUGACCGGAAGGCGAGCGCUACACGAUCGGUCACGGUGCAGAUGCAGGAAGUUAUUUCAUGGUAGCUUGAGCGAUUCAGAGUUAAUGAUACCAAAUCAAUAAGCGGAUACAUGC